GGGGUCUGGACCUGCUGGGGGUAAUCUUUGGUCAGCUCAUGGUGGGGACCUCCAAGCCAUAAGCCCCUUGAUGGGGCAGGUGUGUUAGGGUGAGGGGUCUGGCCUGUGGGGUUCAGGACCAGGUCAGAGUUGGGGUUCAGGGAGCCUCCUUCCUGCUGGAGCAGAACUGGGUGGAGCAGGCCAACAGGUUGGGUGGCAUAGCCCAGCCAACACUCACCUCCAGCAUAAAACCCCUCUUCAUGGAGCCUAGUGCCUCGCAAGUGCCAGGCGCUCCCUCUACCACUGCUGACCCUGGCCCAGCUUCACCAGCCGGAGGACAUGAAGCACCCAGAACCCACACCUCUCCUGCUGCUCCUGCUCUUCCUACUGCUGAGGCUUGGGACUCAGGGGGCCAAGGCACCAGUAGCACCUCUGAAACUUCCCUGUACCAGGUGCUGCUGGGGGCAAGGCAGCUGCUGCAGCCAGGGCCCCAUGCCAUCUACACCCGCGUGAAACGGGUAGAAAGCAACCCCCUGUACCAGGGCAUGGCCUCCAGUGCAGAUGUGGCCCUGGUAGAGCUGGAGGCACCAGUGAUCUUCUCCAACUACAUCCUCCCCGUGUGCAUGCCUGACCCCUCAGUCACUUUUGAGACGGACAUGAACUGCUGGGUUACUGGCUGGGGCAGCCCUAGUGAACAAGACCGCCUGCCCAACCCACGGAUCCUGCAGAAACUUGCUGUCCCUAUUAUAGACACACCCAAGUGCAACCUGCUUUACAGCACAGAUACAGAGUCUGGCUUCCAACCCAAAGCUAUCAAGGAUGACAUGCUCUGUGCAGGCUUUGCUGAGGGCAAGAAGGAUGCCUGCAAGGGUGACUCUGGGGGACCCCUGGUGUGCCUAGUGAACCAGGCAUGGGUGCAAGCUGGCGUCAUCAGCUGGGGCGAGGGCUGUGCCCGUCGGAACCGCCCUGGUGUCUACAUCCGGGUCACUUCACACUAUAAUUGGAUCCAUCGCAUCAUCCCUGACCUAAGGUUCCAGUCAGGCAGGGCAGGUGGCCACUAGUCAAGAACCCUGAGACCAUCACUGCGAGUUUAGCACCCCACCUGGCUGUUCCACGUGGCCCUGCUGAUCCUUGAGGUGCUGCCUAUCCUCUAAGGCCACAUCACUGGGCCACACGCCACCCAUGGUGUACAUGUGUAAAUAGCUCUUCAUCCUCCCUAUCUCAAACACCUAGAUUUUUUAAAUUUAUGUUCACUUUCAAUAAAAUCAGUACCAACUGUCCA